GUUGCUAAUACGCCUGUUUCAUCUUGCAGGGGAAUCGCGAGGAGAAUCAAACGGUGGACUUCCAGAAGGCUCAGCAAGAUGCUCAGCGCCUUUUCCAAGCAGGUGAAGGAAAACUGGGUACGGAUGAAUCCUGCUUCAACAUGAUCCUGGCCACGAGAAGCUUGCCACAGCUGAAAGCCACCGUUGAAGCUUACUCUCGGAUUGCCAACCGUGACCUCCUGAGCAGCAUCGACCGGGAGUUUUCUGGAAAUGUCGAGCGUGGCUUGAAGGCGAUUGUGCAGUGUGCCCUGAAUCGCCCAGCCUUCUUUGCUGAAAGACUUUAUCACGCCAUGAAAGGAGCUGGCACAAAUGAUUCGGCCCUCGUGAGAAUAAUCGUCACUCGUAGUGAGAUUGAUCUCGUACAAAUAAAGCAGCUGUUCACACAGAUGUACCAGAAGACUUUGUAAGCAAUUCACGAUAGCUUCAGCCAUACUCAGUGGGGACUAUGGCGGCUUCCUCAUAACACCAUUGUGGGUCAAUAGCAAGCCCGGAUCCUCUUGCGGAGGAAAUGGGAGCCCAAGCUGCUUAGACAACCGGCUGAUCAUCCUGACAUGUACAUGUAUGCCUUAACACAGACAAUGCAAGCCAGUAUCUGCUUCUAGUGGGUCAUUUGAGGGGCCUUUCUUCUGCACAUAUAAAUUGUCUUAAUUUAGCAUGCCAUGUACUUUGAAAUAAGACAUCUGCUGUUUAUAACUUG